ACUCGGUCGAUAAUGCUUUUAAUGCGUCGCAAAUGGGUUUCCGGGUGUAGACAAUACGUCGCCCUUAGGUGUUCCGAUGCGUGACGCAUGUCCGAAGGAUUGCAACACGGUCGUUAAGGUUCGGAGUUGGUAUUCGAGUCGUCAAAAACGAAAUGCGUCUAAUCCGUAAUGAUGAGGUCUACCUUAUCCGCAGUGUAGCUCUGUAAGGAUAGGUUAGAUCAAAGCGCAUUGUGUAUUACGACGUUUUAUUAAACGUUUAUGAUCGCUGAUUUGUCAGUUUUAAUAUUAUUUAUUGCGACCAUUGUGUGCUGAUAAAACGUCAAAAACAAUGUUACGUGUCGGAAUUAGGAACGUGGUGCGUAGCGCUUUAGGAAGCAGAACUUACGCAAACGCACCAGCUCAAAAACAAACGGUUUCAACAGCCUUUAAAGUUCAGGAUGUAAAAGAUUUUGACGAUCGUGUAAAAAAUGCUAAGGUGCCUGUGAUCGUUGACUUCUUUGCGACAUGGUGCAAUCCAUGCCGCAUGCUUACACCGCGUAUAGAGUCGGUAAUCGCAGAGAAGCAAGGAAAAGUUCUGCUGGCAAAAGUUGAUAUAGACGAGAACAGUGAUCUAGCUUUGGAUUAUGAGGUUGGAUCCGUACCAGUAUUAAUAGCUAUGAAGGAUGGAAAAGUUUUAGACCGAAUUGUUGGUCUUCAGGAUGUAGAUAAACUUAAGCAGUUUGUAGAUAAUGUAUGCUGAUUACAGUUCACUAUUGAGAUAUCCUGUAGUCAGUAAAAUACUUGUAUAUUAUUUUGUACAAGGGUAUUUCCUAUUGACAAGUAUGAAGUACAACCUUUGAAGGGUGUAGACCUUAACUUUGUACAUUGUUAAUUUAUAGAAAAUCAUUGAAUUGUUAAAUAAAUCUGUUGCAUGUAAUAAA